AGGUUAUCCCAAUUUCCAUGAGCAGCAAGAUUUUCGCCUUUGCUCAUCUUCCUCUCCUCGCUACACAGCCAACCCGCCAUAUAAGGCAUAAACCAUGGCUGCCGAAGUUCAGGCUCAUAAGGCAAAUGCAACCCUGGACUGGUCCAAUAGAUCUCAGUGCCCAUCGUCCUCCAGCCACAGCUGGUGAAACCCCGGCUGCUCUCCGUGCCCAUCUUCGAAGAAACGGUUUGCUACCCCCCUUGAUUUUCCGAGAUAACCCAAUCACCAUUGGCCACUCAGGCCAAGUAACUGACCCCUAUACUCCUCCGGAAGGCGAUGGGCAUGCGUCAGUUCUCUCUUUAAGGAGGGUUGGUUUGCAAUCAGACAGUCUACUCAAAAAAGGAAAGUCCUAUCGAGACACGUUGAAAAUCAGACGACACGAGCCCACUUUCAACCCGAAGACAUUUGCAAGUGAAGCCAGUGAAAUCUACCAAGAAGCCCACGAAUUGCUCCAAGACUUCAAAUCAAAUGAAUCUCGGUUGUUGGAACUUGUGACAGAAAAGGCGUUCUCGGAAAUGACGAAAGGUCUUCAGUUCCGCACGUUACGUUGGCAGUUCAUUGCGAGUCUUGAACCUCCUCGUGUCGUUCACAUUCGAACUCAGGAACUAAUGUCAAGAGACAAUCUUUACGGUCAGGUGACUGUUCGAUUCCAUUCUCAGCAGAUCAUGGCCAUAUUCGACCGUUUUGGACGCUUAUUGUUUGGAAACCCUGCCGUGCCAGUUGACGUACUGGAAUAUGUAGUUUUGGAAAAACACAUCAGCGAUGAGUAUGGUAUAUGGCGGUUGCACGCGAAAAUCUUCCCACCACGUGCACCCCCGCUUGGCGCGCUGGUCCCCACACAUCGAUUGCUUUCUGAGCAACACGUUCCAUCGACCGAACUAGUACAACCGCCCCAGCUCAGCACUGAGACAGAAUGAUCGGUAUCUUCACUCGUCUCCUUUACUACCCGGCUCCUGUGUACAAUGAUGAUAACUGAGGACAAUGUUAUGAAUAAACCACUUACAUUGUCAGUGAAUUUCACUCAUUCGCAAAUCAUGCUGGCGCUAACUGCGUCUGUCGUUUGUAAUAUUCGGCCAUACUUUUAGUUGUCUAAUCGUGCUAAGCCUACCAUGUACGGACACUUGGCAAUUACUUCUACUCUGUUACGUUUGAGCUGUAGAACGGAAAAAUCGCUAUAUUUUCAUCCGCCUUAUCGAGC